AUGGCAGAAAAAAGAAUUAACGGGUCUAUCUGCCCAGCAAGAAACUGUGCAAAGCUUGGAGUUGGGAAGAAUUUGAGAGAGGUGACAAUGUAUAGAUCAAUUGCUUUGCAUUCUGUGGUUGCUAAAGUUAAUACAGGAAUGGAUGACAAAACAGGACAACACUCCUUUGAUGAUGAAAUCCAGACUGAGUUCAAAGAUGCUACUCAAACAAAGUAA